AUGGCCCAGAAAACGAACUCAGGAAUUUCAUAUUGCAACAACAGGCAGAUUAGUCUCACUGAGCUCUCAUUCUCUCCCUCCCUGCCUCUCGUUCUUUCUCUCCCUCUCCAACAUACAGUUCAGUUCUCCAUCAGAGAAUAUAGACCCUCUGAUGAACAUGUGGUCAUGUCUCUCCUUCAAGAUGGGAUAUUUGAACAUGUAUACCCGGCUUUCUUCAAAGCGAUGAGCCAUCCAGACCAUGUUGGCGUUGCUCUGAGCAUUUCAAUGGCUGGUUAUGUGCUGGGAGGCAGCUCCUACUUCCAAGCUUUACUCUUUGGCAGCGCAUGGGCUGGCCUCAUUUAUUACUGCUGCCACGAGAUCUACGAAGGCUACAUGACGAGGAGGCUGAGUGCAGACAUGGCUGACAUUCAAGCCAACUACCUGGAAAACCCAGAUAACGGUUUCUGGGUGGCAGAGGCAGAUGUCAACGGCCACUCCAAGGUGGUGGGGAUGGUGGCAGUGAUGGGGAAAAGUGGAGGGGAGGAAGGCGAGAGGUUUGAUGACUGCAACGGAGGUGUGAUGGGAGGGGCCUCAGAGUUUUCCCAAGAUGCCGGAGAUGGGUGUUAUGGCGAGAUGUCCCACAUGGUUGUGGCGUUUCCAUUUCGCCGCAAAAACCUGGGUUCACAGCUGAUGAGGAAGGCCCUUGAUUUCUGCAAAGAGCGAGGACACGCCCACCUCGUCGUGGACGUCAGCUCGCCGCAGGCAGCAGCCAUCUCCCUGUAUGAAAAAUUUGGUUUUGUCCAAACUGGGUCCAACAGUAACACGCACACUAAUCGCUGGUUCUCCAGACUGGCCAGAAUAAAUGUGUUGCGAAUGGAGAAGUUCAUUUAAUGCAAAAUGGACUUUAGACCUCAUCACCUGAUACAACCUCAACUGUACAGCACAUUAAGAGUAUUUCAGUUAAUUUAUGCUUCCUGUUACAUUUAAUGCAGAAAUCUUUCUGGUUGUGUGAUAUUU